AUGGACGUUUGUAUUGGUACUUCUCAAAACCCCUCUACCAAGUUCCCUCUUCUUGUGACACUUCCAGACAGCGCCUAUCCGGACGUACUCCCAUUUCAUCUAGUCAUUUGGAAGCCCUCUUCAAAAGAAACUCUUCCAUCUCGUGGUUGGUUAGUUUGUGCUCCAGUUGCCCAGGAAUCGGUUGCACCAGUUCUUGUUAACGGUCGAAGACUUGUCCCGCCCACCGUUAAUUCACACAACCCCGAGAGAAAACAUAGAGUAUCCUCUUCAAGCGCCCAUUGGCUCUCUCCUGGAGACAUAAUUCAGCUAGGAUCUAGUGGUUGUUGCCGUUUUCGCAUUUGGCCUGGUCCUAAUCCACCACCUCCUCCUAAACCACCAUCUCUGGUAUCUUCUGUGACCUCGUCUACUGGCUUCAGACCUAACGGAUCUGAAAAGUUAUCGGUGACAACUUCUAACUGCAGCCAUCAACAGAGUCAAUAUAGUGUGAGGAAAGCUCAGACACCUCAACAACCCCACAGACAGCCCCAGCACUCACAUAAUCAAUCCCAAACCCGUGACUAUCAACACCAUAAUCGACCCAACUCCAUGGAAUCUGCAAGGUCGGAUUUCUCAAAUAGCACCAACACAACCACCACAACGGGAACUUGUAGCAUUCCCUCCACUUUAGAGGCGGAUUCAACUGACAAUCGUCAGCGAUCGCAUUUUGUUUCCCCUAGUCCGUCUCUAAAGGAGCAUGUAAUUGUUGCAAACCCAUUGCUUGCUUUUAGUAUGAUCACACCGAAAUUGAAAUGCUACUGUGUUCUUCUUGAGCCCAAAUCUGAGUUAGUGUCAAAGUCCAUGAACUCUCGUAAUGCAACGUUCUGA